AUGCACACGACAGAUGGAGAAAAGGAUGAAAAAGAAGAGAACGAAAAAGGAAUACUAGUCGCUCUUAUAUAUAUAUAUCGUCUUCCUUUUCGCCAUUACACUUCUCAUUUUGAUACAGUCUUAUUGACAACGAGCAACCUCAGAAUGAUGAUUAUAUGUAUAGUUAUUUGCUUGGCGUUCAUUCUCUAUGUAACUUAUCGAUUGUAUCAGCAUUUUUGUCCAUCGCCUAACAUUGAUCCACGUGGCAAAUAUGUCCUCAUUAGUGGAUGUGACACAGGCUUUGGUCAUACAUGGGCUAUUGAACUUGAUAAACAAGGUUUUAACGUACUUGCUGGUAUAUACAAUGUCGACAAUAAAGUUUCACUCACCAAUGAACUUUCGUCACGAGCUACUGUCUUUCGUCUUGACAUUACUCGUCAAGAAGAAAUCGAUGCUGCGUACGACAUGAUUAAAAACAAAACGAAUACUCUUCAUGCGCUUGUCAACAACGCUGGUAUAAGUAGAAGGGGAUACAUCGACUGGAUUACCGUUGAUCUUAUGCGCACAAUUAUGGAUGUCAACUUUUUUGGUCAUGUUGCAAUGACCAAGAAGUUUCUGCCAUUGCUUAUAGCCAAACGGAAUUCACGCGUUGUCAAUAUCAGUUCAAUGUAUGGCUUCAUAAGUGGAUCAGCUAGGUCUGCUUAUUGUACCUCUAAAUAUGCUCUUGAAUCGUUUUCUGAUUGUCUUCGUCGUGAAAUGACCAUAUGGGGGCUACAUGUGAGCAUCAUCGAACCAGGUUUCAUGCGAACGCCCAUGAUCCAAGGACACGAUGCUUUCAUAGAAAAUCUAUGGACUAACCUUUCGGUUGAUGCUAAAAACCGGUGGGGCGAAGAAUUUUUCAAUGCCGAAAUGAAGCAAGCAACUGCCAAUAUAUUCGUUCGAAAUGCCGAAAAUCCUAACAAAGUAAUGCAAGCACUUCAACAUGCUGUCAUGAAUACAGUUCCGCGUAUUCGUUAUCGGCCGGGUUAUCAAUCGAGUCUAAUCCUUUUUCCACUCUCGAUGGUUCCAAGUUGGUUAGCCGAUCUAAUCAUGGCUAAAAUAUUUGGCUCAGGUGUUCUUCCUGCCGGUGUGCACAAACAACUUAGGGAAUAGGCAACGUGAUCUACAUCAAUAGACCAUCUUCUAAUCGAUUAUAGUAUUAGCGUCAAUAGAUGAUUCUGAUCGUAUAUUAUUGAUUUCUCUUUGAUUUUCUCUCGGAUCUCACAGUCAUAGGUGACGGAUGCUACUUCUGAUCUCUGUUGUUGUUGUUUUCUCUUCGGUAUUCAUCUUUUUCUUCUGCUUUUUCAUUUAUUAUUAUUAUUAUAUUCAUUUUUCCUUUGUUUUAUCUGUAAACAAAUAAAACAUACUCAUCUACUCUAUCUUGUAGAUAUGAUUCGAAAGUGAUAAUAAUCAAGGCUACGUAGGAAGCUUUUAUGGUAGAUUCUCGGUUCUUUAAAAAGUGUGGGUGUGGAUCUUCUUUUGGUUAUACUGACACUCACACCCCCAGAAUACUUUUAACAAAUGAAACAAAUAACUUCUUUCGUUAGAUAAGUUAGUAAAACUUGAAAUAAAAUUUUGAUGUUUCAAUAAACAAUAUUGUCUUCAUCAGGUAUAUACGAACGUAAAAAAUUUCUAAUGUUAAAAAUGAAUUCUUGACAGGAAAUUUAAUUGGCUCCGAUAAUGAUUCCUGAACGACUCCGGUGCAGGUCUCUAUAGACUAUAUGUCUUCUUCCCUCAUUCUAAUAUCUAAUGUUAAACAUCAUAGCAACAUUAGAAUGAAAAUAUACACAGAAAAUUUUUGUUCUUUAUAUCAAAGAAAGACAUAUUCAUUUUUUGAAAUGUUAUUAUUUUAUUUUAAUUUUUAUUAAUUUAUUUAACUUAAAUUUGAUUCCUUAUUUGCACAAACUUUAUUCUUUAGAAUAAAAUAUGAAGAAAGAAAGAAGAGAAAAUUGACCAAAUAUUAAUAGAAAACGUCUUUUUUUAAUUGAAUUUAUUGUCAGAGAUAGACAUUUCCUUCUACUUUUAGUAUGACAAGUAAAAAUACUCAGUUCAGAUAUCUUGACAUAAACAAUAAUCUCUUUUUUUUU